AUGAAAAAAAAUUUUCAAACAUCAGUAACUAAUAGUUGUAAUUUUAACAACUUUCCAAAAGAAUCAUUUUCUUAAAUAAAAUUUACUACAAACAAUCAUAAUCAAAAUGAGAAACAAUAACCAAUAACAGGAUCAAUUUAAUAGCUUUAAGAUUAAUUCUAAUAUUUAAAUCUUUAAAAUUAAUUUCCAAAAUAAUAAGAUAAAUGUAAUUCUAACUUGAUUACAUCCACACAAUAAGUCACAGAGGAAGAAUAAGUGCUUUGUACAUAAUAAAUUAAUAAUUUAGAAGAAAAUGAACCAAAUAACAAUAAAGUACUUUAAUCUAGAAUUCUUACUAAUUUAAUUUAACAGAAAUAAUAAAAUGCUUCAGAAUGCAAUAUAUGCUUUAUGAUAUAUAAUUUAGAUUUAGAGGAAUCUAUAGUGACUCCUUGUUGUAAUAAAAAAGUGCAUGCUUUUUGUUAUUAACAGGAUUUAGAUGAAAAAGCAAAAAUUAAUAUGAGUUUUGAAAAAAUAACAUGUUAUUCUUGUGGUUAAUCAUUUAAUAAUCGUUAAGAUUUUUUAAAAAAGAAUAUUUCAAUUGCACUUUUUGGUGAAAUUGUAAAAAGGAGAGUAUUAGCAGAUAUUCCUAUGAAAUGCUGUAAAUGUUAAUAGGCAAUAACAGCAAGUGAAGAGAUUCUAAAUAAGUAGGUUAAACUUCAAUGCUUUUAAUGUAAUACUAUGCUUUGUAGUCUUUGUCGUCAAGAAUAUCAUGGUGAAAACUAACAAGUAAAUUUAAUAUUAAUAUUAGAAUUAAUAAUGUCCAAGUUUAGCAAAAGAGAUUUAAAAAGCAUUUUAAGGUAUGCCAAUACUUCUUUGUCCAUUUUGUUAGUUAAUUUAAACAAAAGAUGAUAAAUGUAAUCAUGUGAAAUGUUUUAAUUGCAAAAGAGAUUUAUGUUCAGCUUGUUCUGUUGAUCGAGUUCCAAUAGUGGCUCAUGGUAAUCAUUAUCACAGAGAAGGUUGUCCUGAUUAUAAACCAUGGAUACUUAAAGAUAAAAUAAUUAAAACUAAAGAAUUUGAUAUCAAAAAAUGUCAAAGAUGUUAGGAAUCAGGAAAACCAUGUGAAUAUCCAAUGAGUUUGGAAGAAUAUAGAAAAUUAAAGUAGUUUUGA